AUGAGGGAAAUUCUAGGCAAUUAUGAAAACGUAAUUCAUCUUAAUAAAUAUAAAAAAGGUGAAGAUAUUUUUAUAAACGAUUAUAAGAUCAUUAAAACUAUUCAUGAGGGAAAAUAUUCCAAAAUAAUAAUGUGUGAUAAAGAUGGGGAACUAUAUGCUCUUAAAAAAUAUGAGAAAAGAUUUCUUGAAAAAAAAAGAGAAUUUCAAAAGAAAACAAAAGAUAAUAAAGUUAUUAUAAAAACAAAAUAUGAUGACUUGAAAAAUGAAUUAAAAAUAAUAACAGAUAUAAAAAAUGAAUAUUGCUUAAGUUGUAUAGAAAUUAUAACAAAUAAUGAUGAAGUUUAUAUUGUAAAUAAAUAUAUGGAAAAUGGAUCUAUAUUAAAAUAUGACCAUUGGUUUUUUAUUUUUCAUUCAAAUGAGUCAUAUUUUAUUCCAAUUCCUGUUAUAAAAUGUAUGAUAAAAAAUAUUUUAAAAUCUCUCCUGUACGUUCAUACAAAAAAAAAUAUAUGUCACAGGGACAUUAAACCAUCAAAUAUUUUGCUAGACAAAAAUGGCAUAAUUAAAUUAAAUGAUUUUGGUGAUUCUGAAUAUAUGGUUAAUAAAAAAAUUAAAGGAACUAGGGGGACAUAUAAAUUCAUGCCCCCCGAAUUUUUUGGUAAUACGAAAUGCUAUUAUGGAGAAAAGGUUGACAUAUGGAGUUUAGGAAUUUGUAUAUACGCUUUGUUUUACAAAGUUUUACCAUUUUCGAAUAAAACCGGUUUAAUUAAUUUAUUUCAAGAAAUCGCUAAGGAGGAAAUAAAAUAUCACAUAGAUAGAAAUUAUUUUUUAUCAAAGGUCAGAAAACAGGCUACUAAAACAAGUAGUCAUAAUAGUUUAUCAAAUGAAGAUAUAAAUUUUUUGAAACUUUUUUUAAAAAAAAAACCUACUGAACGAUGUACUGCUGAGGAAGCUCUUGUAAGUCUUCCACAAAAAUACAAAAUGAUCAUUAAAACGUAG